UUGACAAUCACCGGAGCUUUCGUAUAUAAGGACAACUGAACUAGAUCGCUCUUCUCUCAAAAGAGCAUAAUCAGAUGCUCUCUAAGAACUUCUCUCUCACCAAACCAUCUAUGUUGCCCUUCACCAACCCAUCUUUUGUCUCUCUCUUCUCAUCAACUUCCCAUCACAAGUCCCAACCAACAUUUCCUUCACCAACUAAUCCAAUCCCUAUUAUUAUCGCAAAAUACAUUUCUCUGUUGCAGUUGUGCGCUUCUUCCGAGUCCAAACUGAUGCAAAUCCACGCCUUUUCGAUCAGACACGGUGUCCCACUCGCCGACCCGGACAUGGGCAAACACCUAAUCUUCACGGCCGUGUCUCUAUCGGCUUCAAUGUCGUAUGCAAACAAUGUCUUUUCACAAAUCGACAGACCAAACAUAUACACAUGGAACACCAUGUUUCGAGGGUACGCGGAAAGCGAAAAUCCCAGGCUGGCUCUUGAUCUUUAUCAUCGCUUUAUUCGCGUGUCUUCCGUUAAACCCGAUACCCACACUUACCCUUUUGUUCUUAAGGCCGUGGCUAAGUUGGCGGAUGUUGAGGAGGGUGGGAAGAUUCAUUCUGUUGCUUUAAGAAAUGGGUUUGAGUCUUUGGUGUAUGUUCAGAACGCUUUGCUUCAUUUCUAUGCUAGUUGUGGGCACACUGAUAGCGCGCACAAGAUGUUUGUGUUAAUGGCUCACAGAGAUCUUGUGGCGUGGAACACUGUGAUCAAUGGGUUUGCUUUGAAUGGUCGGCCCAAUGAGGCUUUGGUUCUUUUUAGAGACAUGGGGUUUGAGGGUGUGGGGCCGGACGGGUUCACGAUGGUCAGUUUGUUGUCGGCUUGUGGUGAGCUUGGAGCUUUGGCUUUGGGUAGGAGGGCUCAUGUGUAUAUGUUGAAAGUUGGAUUGUGUUUGAAUUUGAUCGCUAAUAAUGCGCUUUUGGACCUUUAUGCAAAGUGUGGGAGCAUUAAGGAGGCAAGAAAAGUGUUUAAUGAGAUGGAGGAAAGAAGUGUGGUUUCUUGGACUUCUUUGGUUGUUGGUUUGGCUGUUAAUGGGCUAGGCAAAGAAGCAAUUCAGGUUUUCGAGGGAUUAGAGAGGGAGGGUUUAGUGCCUACGCAGAUAACUUUUGUCGGGUUCUUGUAUGCCUGCAGCCAUUGUGGAAUGGUUGAUGAAGGGUUCAAUUGCUUUAGGAAGAUGAAGGAGAUAUAUGGAAUUGAGCCCAGGAUAGAACACUAUGGUUGCAUGAUUGAUUUGUUGGGUAGGGCGGGUUUGGUUGAAAAAGCUUAUGAAUAUAUUCAAAAAAUGCCUUUGCGGCCAAAUGCUGUUAUUUGGAGGACCAUGCUAGGAGCAUGCACAUUACAUGGGCAUUUGGUUCUUGGGGAGUUGGCAAGAACUCAGCUCCUUAAAUUAGAGCCUGGACAUAGUGGGGACGAUGUGCUUCUCUCCAAUCUUUAUGCAUUGGAGAAUCGUUGGUUGGACGUUCAAAAGGUGAGAAGUGCAAUGAUCAACCAACGCGUGAGGAAAACUCCAGGUUACAGUCUUGUUGAGUUGAGAAAUCGUGUUUAUGAGUUUGUUAUGGGCGAUAGAUCUCAUCCACAGAGUGAGGAGACAUAUGCGAAGCUAACGGAGAUCACAAAGUUAUUGAAGCUGGAAGGUUAUGUGCCUCAUACAGCAAUUGUGCUUGCAGACAUAGAAGAGGAGGAAAAGGAGAAUGCUCUGUCCUUUCACAGUGAGAAAAUUGCAGUUGCUUUCAUGCUUGUAAAUGCAGCGCCAUGUACACCAAUUCGUAUAAUGAAGAAUUUGAGAGUUUGUGUAGAUUGUCAUGUUGCUUUGAAGCUGAUAUCUAAGGUAUAUGACAGGGAGAUUGCUGUGAGGGAUUGUACUCGGUUUCACCAUUUUAAAAAUGGUACUUGUUCUUGUGGAGAUUAUUGGUAACAUGUUUCUUCGAAUAGUUUGAUUUUGCUCUGGAGUUGGCAAUAACAAUCCAUACUUCCUGCAUUGUUCACGCUUUUUUCCCCAAAAAUUUGGGUCGAACAAAGCUUUUUCUACACUUAUUUGGGCAAUAUGAUUUACAGAGGACUAAGAAGGAGACAUUUUGAAAGACUGAAAAGUAAAUGGAAUUGAAGAUAGAUCCUGCCUUGCAACAUUUGUGGAUCAAUUGUUUAAGGUCGAUAGUUGUUUUGUUUCACAAGAAGAACACUAUGCCUUGUCUGAUCUUCUUGUGAAAAACAUUCCUAAAUAAGGCUUCCAUGAUCAUAUAUUCUUUGGCAGCCUCUUUCAUUAAAUGUGAAUAUAGAUGGUUCUUACCCUAGUUAGGUCGCGUGGUAAAUUAUUUUGUGGUCAAGUUCUAAUUAUAGAGGUUUGUUAAAGAUUGCGUUAAUCUUUAUAUGAGUGUUUCUUAUGCUCUGAAAGCUGAGUAGUGGGAAAUUAUUGAAGUGGUGAUCGUGGCUUUGUUCUGUGGAUUGCAUGUCCUUGGCUUUGAGAGUGGCUCUUCAUUUAUUCUUUUGCUUUGUAACCAUGUUGCUCAUAAUGGCGUCUCCUCCUUGGAAGACAAAGAACACGAGGAUCGCUGCCAUGAACCGGGAAAGCAAAUUCGCUCUUCUUCAAUCUUUAGGAUUUUAUCUUUGUAGUUUCGCUCAAGAUUUUCGCCGUGGUUUUUGUCGGCAGUUUGAGCUAGGAAUCUCUUGUAUGAUUUCCCUGUUUCAUCAAUUGAAACCUUAAAG